AUGUUUGGACAAAAGCUGAACGCGGGCUGGAUUGGUAUGAGUUUCGUCGCCUUCGGCUCCAUUCUGCCUAUCCUAGCGCAUUCAACGAAACCUCCGAAGGCAGCUCAUGUUCAAUCCUCUCGGGCAACUCAUGUUCAGUAUGUCCCUCCGGAGGCUUUUAAUGGCAGUGUCAUUCCAUCCUUCAUCUCCGACGACUUUGGUUUCGACGGCGCCAGGAUGUCGGACUACAACAAGAGUGUGUGGGACUGGUGGUACUUCGACGUCGUUUCACCAACUGACAACUCUUCAAUUACCAUCCUCUUCAACCUUGCUUUCGAAACCGGCUUGCUGGGUGGCAGUCCAACAACUGCUGCGAACACGGACAUCACGGGCACUUUUGAGAACAGCACAAAGUUUUCCUACUCGACUGAAGCACCCAAAGACGCUGUUAUCGUUACUGCACACGAGGGUGGCUCAUCUGGUAGCUAG